AUGGCAGUUGUACGCGACAUAGGCUUCUACAUAGAAACAGAUAGACAGAAGAUUAUAGAAACAACAGCGGGGACUUCGCCUCCAUCCAUAGCAGACAUCCUUUCCAUCCCAGACAUCUAUGUAAGAUACUUCCUGCUUGUAAAUCUCCCUAUCUCGGCCGAGGAGGGAACUUCUCAGAUCAUGAAGGAGCUCAAGGCCUUUUUUAAGGAGUUUGCAGAAGCUGAGAAGAUUGUGGAAGUGGAUUUCGACCAGAAAAUGUCCGAAUUCGUAAAGAAAGCCAUAAUCCCUGUUGGGAUGGAGGACUUUGUUGGCUGCAUCAGUGAGUUAGGAUUGUCCCACAUCGAUCUUGAAUACUAUCGAGGAUACUUUGGAUAUAGCCAGACGUACAGCCUGUACAAGUCAAUGAUAAAAAGAAUAUUCAGUUGUGGAUUUAGCCAUAAGGAAAUAGGUCUGGUCAUGCUUCUGCUAGAUAAUGAAACAAUGUGUUUCAAGAGACUCCUUCCAAUGUUUUCCAGGCUAACUACAUAUGUAACACGGAAUCUCCUUGAUAAGAACAUUGUGGCCUGCUGUAUCGUCCUCCAGUCGGUGCUCAAGUACAUCCCAGACACUAUGAAUGGAAGAGACGAAUAUGUCCUGUCACUAAUCUCUUAUCUUGUUGACAUAGUUUCUCGUCACACAAGCUUUAUGUUCAUCAAUGAAAAGGAUGCAGGAGAGAUCAUUUCAACCAUUGAUCUUCUAUCUAGGUUUCACUUCACCACCUCUGUCUCCAAAACAUCCUCCGGAAUACUCAAAGAGGUAAUAUUCCGUCUUGAAUCUCUUUCUUCUGGGAGUAUGUCGCUCUAUGAAGAAGUCUUUGCAGUAGUAUGUGUUCUGGAGACAAUUCCGUCGAUAUGCCGUCUCUUGGAAGGGUCGGCCGGGUUCAACUUUUCGUCAGCCUACUCCUCACUGCAAGGACUGACCUUACAGAGGGUAGAACAGGUGGGCUUGGAUGAAUGGGACCGAAUCCAUAACAGGUUUCUUGUGGCAAAAUAUAGGAGCUUGGAAUCCUUGCAUCCAUGGAAGACGUCUUUCGAUCGCAUUAUGUUCUACAAUGACAUAGAACGUGCAAGACAUCCGUCCAAAGUACUUAGAGUCCUUGAAAGCCUGAAAAGAGAUAUUUCAUGGUCCGACAUGAUUGUCUUUGCUUGCCAUCCAGGACUACAGGAGGAGUGGCUAGCGUUUAUGUUUGACAGUCUCUUCGUAAAGAACCCUGAGCAUCUUGUAUAUAUCGAGCUAUUUGUGGAAUCUAUAGGAAGCCAGCCAGAUCUUCUGCUGUACUCUGGAUAUCUGCUGAUAAAGAUUUUUGGACAUAUUGAGACUGAAAAGAAGUGGAACAUCCUUGUAGACUUGUUUCUAAGGAAUAUUCAGAGCUUGGACCAAAGGACUAUCAGAUUGAGAUGUAUUAUAUCCGACUACAUAAGUUCCCUAGGGUCUGAAGAGGAGAAGUCGAUUUUUCUGAAUGCCUUUGUAGGGAGAUUGCAAAAAGAUUUUGUUUGCUUCAAUGCAAGUGUCAUUGGGAUUCUGCAUAGACUUCUUAAUGGAGUCCAAAGGGUGUCUCUGGAAACAUCAAGAAUGGUUUGUCUGUACAUUAGAGGAUGCGCUGUAUGUGAGUGGAGGAGAGAAGAAGCUUCAAAGGAUCUGGAGGCCAUGUACAUGUGUGUUGGAUCGAGGGCUAUGAUUUUGUCUGGUGCCACAGUGGACUUUGGACAGACAAGCUCUCAUUUGGAAAGGUAUUAUGAGCUUAUUAUCUCUUGUCUCUCAUGGAUUGAAGGGAGGUUUCCCGAGGAGUAUGUCGAUAGAAUCAAAGAAACAAUGUUAUACUUUCUGCUUGAUGCCGAUAGAGAACAGGUACAUGAGUUGGGGUUGUUGAUUAGAGGGGAGUGUUCAAGGUUUAGAGACAAGUUCAAGGAGCUUUAUGGAAACCAGAAGUCUGAGAGAACAGGCAUUUAG